AAUACUUUGGAGCUGGUCCUAAAAUCUGGGAGGAGGUUGCUAGCAUUUUUCUUAGAUUUCCCCAUUGGUUGCCCAAGCACCAUUUGUCGAUGCCUUCCAGGCGUUCUUUGGAAAUUUGGCGCUUGGUGAUUAACAAUUUGACUGCUGAUGAUAUGUCUCUAAAUCCUUGGGCUGGAUGUGAGGGGUAUGCAGAGUGUGAGUGGGCAUUGGAGCUGAAUGACCAUUGGUAUUGUUUGAAUGUGGGCAUGGAAGGUAUUGGUAUCUUGGUGAUCGAGUGUUGCCCCAAGUUCAACAUGAGUAUCCUCCUACAAAAAUUCCAAUUCCUCCUUGUCCCUCCAUUCGGUUGGCUGACUUCCUUGUUGAUGAAGAGAUUGCUCGGGGUGAUGGCUAUAUCAUUGCAGGAGUAGAAGGGGAUUAUUUUGAAUUCAUUUGAACUCAUUUGCAAGGUUGC